AUGGAAGAUAAACAGGCCUUUUUAUCACUGCAAGGAGGCAAUGGAGGAUGGAGAGGAGGAGGAGGAGGAGGAGGUGGUGGAUGGAGAGGAAGGGGUGGUGGAUGGAGAGGAGGAGGUGGUGGUGGUGGUGGUGGUGGAGGAGGAUGGAGAGGAGGAGGAGGAGGUGGUGGUGGUGGAGGAGGAGGAGGGGGAGGAGGAUGGAGAGGGGGAGGAGGAGGGUGGAGGAGACCAUGGAGAGGAGGAUCAGCAGGUGGAGGAGGAGGGAGAGGUGGGGGAGGAUUUGUAAGCCAAACCCCCAGCACUCAGAGAGUCCUUUGUCAGGCCACUCUGGAUAUAUUAUGUCCCUACAAAGGAUGGAUGCUCUACUUUACUGAAGGCUUUAUAGAGAGCUCGCCCUGUCUGGAGAAGAUCAAAGUGUUUGAGAAAUAUUUCACCUCCAAGAUUCACCUUUAUGAUAAGGAUGAGAUUGAGCGUCAGGGAAGUGUGCUGGUGGAUUAUGCAGACUUAACUCGAGAUAACACGGUUUGUAAACGGCUUCCUGAACUAACCACAGAGCUGAAUGAGCAACCAGAGCUGAUCCUCAACUGUUUGGGAGUGGCCAUUCACCAGGUGUUGACUGUAGAUUUGGAGAAACAAGCUGCUGAGCUGCAAGGGGAAGAGCUUCCUGUAGCCACACCAAUCAUCAACAUCCCUCACAUUAGUGCGAGGCUGUAUAACUAUGAACCGCAGACUCCACUGAGGAUGUUGCGUGCCAGUGUGUACGGACGGCUGGUGUGUGUGAGGGGAACGGUGGUCAGAGUGAGCAACAUUAGACCUCAGUGUACCCGGCUGGCCUUCAAGUGUCUGUCCUGCUCACACACAAUGUCUCUGCCUCUGCAGCAUGGGAAAUAUGCUACACCCACCAAGUGUCCCCAGCUGGAGUGUCGCAGUCGUUCAUUCGCUGCCUCACGGAGUUCUCCCCUAACACAGACCGUGGACUGGCAGAUAAUCAAGGUGCAGGAGUUGAUGGGCGGAGAGCAGAGGGAGGCUGGAAGAAUCCCUCGCACCGUGGAGUGUCACCUGACCUCUGACCUCUGCGACAGCUGCGUCCCUGGUGACACUGUUACUGUGACGGGGAUAGUCCGAGUUACCAGUGAUGGCACUUACAGGGGGAAUAAGGAUCAGUGCAUGUUCCUCCUCUACAUUGACGCCACUUCAGUCAGCAAUACUAAAGGUCAGAAGUCGAAGUCAGGAGGUCCGGGGUCGAGAGGGUCACCUGGAGAUCGUUCUGGAGGGGAAGAGUUCAGUCUGAAAGAGCUUUACGCCAUCCAGGAGAUCCAGUCACAGCCUGACCUGCUGAGACUUAUAGUGCACUCUAUGUGUCCUGCCAUCUACGGCCAUCUGGUGGUGAAAGCUGCUCUGGCUUUGAUAUUGUUUGGAGGCAGACAGAAACACAUAGACAAGAACAGCGUGCCAGUCAGAGGAGACCCUCACAUCCUGAUGGUGGGAGACCCUGGCAUGGGAAAGAGUCAAAUGUUACAGGCAGUGUGCAAUUUGGCUCCCAGAGGAAUCUACGUAUGUGGCAACAGUACAAGCACCACGGGAUUAACCGUGAGUUUAUCCAGAGAUUCAGGAACAGGGGAUUAUGCUCUGGAGGCUGGAGCCUUGGUGCUGGCUGACCAAGGUCUGUGCUGCAUUGAUGAAUUUGAUAAGUUGGGCAACCAGCAGCAGGCUCUGUUAGAAGCCAUGGAGCAACAGUCUGUGAGUCUGGCCAAAGCUGGAAUAGUUUCCUCACUUCCUGCCAGAACUUCAGUCUUAGCUGCCGCAAACCCCGUCGGAGGACAUUACAACAGAGGCAAGACUGUCUCUGAAAAUCUGAAAAUGGGCUCAGCUUUGCUCUCUCGCUUCGAUGUCGUCUUCCUCCUGCUGGACAUCCCAGACGAGUCACAUGACCGCCGCCUGUCGGAGCACGUCAUGGCAAACAGGGCAGGAAGAGGCAGAGGCAGGGCCAGCAGCGCCGUAGUAACCAGAAUCAACAGUGAACUGGAGACGUCCAUCCUAUUAGAGCACUCGGAUAUGCCGCUGUCUGAACGUUUGCAGAUCCCUGCAGGUGAAAUUGCUGACCCCAUUCCAGCUUGCUUGUUAAGGAAGUACAUCAGCUACGCUCGUCAGUACGUUCACCCGACGCUCUCUCCCGAAGCGGCACAAAUCCUCCAGGACUUCUACCUGUCGCUGAGAUCUCAGGCGCAUUCUGCUGACGCUACACCCAUCACCACUCGACAACUGGAGUCUUUAAUCAGACUAACUGAGGCAAGAGCAAGGUUGGAUCUCAGAGAAACGGCUACAAAGAGUGAUGCUGAGGAUGUGGUAGAGAUCAUGAAACACAGUCUGGCUGAUACAUAUUCAGAUGGUCUAGGCAAUCUGGACUUUGAGCGCUCUCAGCAUGGAUCAGGCAUGAGCCAACGCGGCGCUGCCAAACGACUGGUCAACGCUCUGCACAUGCACGCCAACAGGACCAAUCAGAGAGAGUUUGACCUGCAGACGAUUCGGGCACUGGCCGACAAAGUGAACAUAAAGGUGGUGGACUUUCAAGGUCUGGUGAGUUCCCUGAAUGAGCAGGGUUUCCUGCUAAAGAGAGGAGCAAAACUGUACCAGCUGCAGACUAUCUGACCACUGACAACUAAAAAAGACUCAGAGUACACACCUGUACCUCUACCUGCACAGCUCACAGCAAGGUCAGUGCUGAGGAACAAUGCACAGUGGUGUCUCUCUCUAUAGACAAGAAAUAAAACUGAUGCAGAGCCCACUAUCCAGACCACUGAGUGACGAAACCAGCAACCAGCAGACUACACUGGGUCCAGCUGAAGAGGUAAAAGACACACAGGCUGCUCAGAUUGUGUAACUUAAUUUUCAUUACAUCAGUAAGUAGUUAAGUGAAAAAUUGACUGUGAAAUUAGAUGUUUUUUGAGUAAGAAA